AUGCCAAAAGAAUGGAAACAUGCCAUCAUAACAUUGAUAUUCAAGAAAGGGGACAAGAAAGACCUCACAAACUACCGUCUAAUCAGCUUGCUAUCGCACCUGUACAUGUUGUUCAUGAAAAUCAUGAAGCACAGAGUGAGUGGCACACUGGGAGAGAACCAACCCACAGAACGAGCACCCAAUAGAAGAGGUUACUCCACCAUUAAUUAUUUUCACACAGUAACCCAAGUGCUGGAGAAGACCAACGAUCAUAUUACCAGCAAUGAUCAGGAACGAAAGAUAGAAAGAAAACCAACAUCAAAGACAUCACAGAAAGAGUUGAAAGCAUGA